AUGGAGCCAAACACAACUUCCACCACCACGGCCCGGCCAUCCCGGGCCACCCGAGGUAAAGGCAAACCGACUGAGAUUGAGCAGAUGGAAGACGUCGCUUUUACGGUCCGCGGCCUCGCACUUCAAUUUGUAUGGCCGGAACGGGAACGCAACAAGACCAUCAUUGCGCAUGGCAACAUAUCUUCGACAUCUUACAAGUCCAUCUCAGGCAGUGUUAGACCCCGUGACAACUUUACCUUCUCUGAAGAAGAGCUCGCAGACCAAGUCGACGACGCACAAAUCAAGGUGCUCGUUGUAGGACUUACGGUACCCGAUGCAAAGUUCGAUGAUAAGAAUCCCAACGACAAGAAGCACGGAGGCAUCGUAGGCCAUGCCCUACCGGUCGACCCCAAGCGCACGCUCAAACUAGCCAGCAGGCACACAGGACACAAGACGGUAGAUGAAUUCGAGGUCCUCGAUGAGGUCGAUCAGGUCGAUAAGUCGGACAUGGUGGAUGAUGCAGAGAUCGACGGAGUCAACGCAUUCCUCGUCGCAACCCCAUGCACGGACAAGGCGCCCACCCAAACCAAAAUGUACGUCCUCGGCCGACAAGAAAAUGGGCUCUGCAGAUUGUUCAACUGCCCGGGUGAAGAGGUGUUUUACUUUGCAGAGUUUAGAGACUCUCUAAAAAAGGCAGGAGACCGGCAAACCAGAUGGAAUCGGUUGGUGCGCGCGGUCGCGACGCGACAGGAAAAGACGGAACAAUCGAAGCUGGCAAUCUACGGCACUCCGCGCGAUACGACGGCUGUCAUGGUAGAUCCUGUGGUGGCUUUCGUGAACGAAGUAGCCAUGCUGACCAGCGCAUUCUCAAUGACAAAGGACCCGUGGAUAAUGACGAAGCUGAGCAGCGUCAUAGACGAAGUGGUGCCGCAGAUUGCCAACGCUGUGAGGGAUCACCCGAACCUGAAGGCCUUUGUGACCACGGCCCCAAAGGGCAAAAUCGACGACUUCGACUCGGACAUGAGCGCACAAGAGGAAGAAGAUGAAGAUGACGAUGAUGAUGCAGGCGCUGGAAUUAGAUGGGACGCCGAGGCCAUGCUAGCCGAGGUUGCCCAACGAUGGCCUGAGACUGCAAAGUCGCUGACUACACAAUUACUAAGCCGCCUGCGCAAAGGUAUCAUCCAGGAGAAACCACACUUGGCUCCUGACGAAAUAGAGCCGCUGCUCCGCGUCGCACCCACACUGGACAGCAUGACAAACCUCUCAGACAAAGAGUUGGUGCAUGCCGUGGUUGAUUUGGUCAGACAGGCAAGAUCAAAUGUGCCUAGACAAGGCGGCUUUUCGAAGUCGUCGAUUUCCAAUGAAGCGGUGCGGGAGUUGAUGAUAGCAACUAUUAAUGCCUUGGUCAAGAUCAGUGAGGCAAACAUUGCGCAACAGCAAUCACUGCAAGACAGGCUUGGAAACGAUUCUGUACCCGUGUCACCCGCACACUUGUGGGAUAUGUUUGGCAACACGCCCGACACUGACGCUGCACGAAGGCUUUUUGAUUCCUUUAACAAGUUCCUGGCGCACUGGCAUGUUGGCACCGCCGACAUUAUCAAUCCCAUGCUCACAGAAGUGAUACAGAUACUCAAAGUUGCAAUGGGUAUCAAGGAGUCAGAUCAUCCACGGUCAAAGAAGACGACAAACAACGAGGCCAAGAAGAAGAAGAAGAGCGAUGCUGAGAUCAAGAAGAAGAGCGAUGCUGAGAUCAAGAAGAAGAGCAAUGCUGAGAUCAAGAAGAAGAGCGAUGCCGAGGCCACUGAGGAAGCGGACAAAAACCUUAUGGAGCUUUACAAAGAGUACCAAGCAGCCGGUGAGGCCAUGGAGGAACCCGACCAAGGCAUUAUGGAUAUAUACGACGCGUUCGAAGCAGAAUGCCCAGUCGUUAAUCGUGAUGUAGACAUGCUGGACAUUGACGACCAAGACGACACUUUGAGCUGUACACCCAAGCAGACUCAGAUCGUGCGGGAUGAUCUGAAACGAGGAGCUCGAUUCGAAAACAGUGACCUCUCUUCUGAAGAGGGCACUGGCAAGGACAACAUGACGGCAGCCGUACGUGAAGGCAAGAAGGCUGCUAAAGAGAUAGCUGCUAAAGACAAGACUACCAAAAAAAGGCGCUGCAAAAGGCGCUGCAAACGAUGUGAUGAUGACAAGGUCGACUAUUGUUCUUUCGAAGAUGGGACUGGCCAUGCGCUGUGCGAUUAUUGCAUCGAGAACGAGUUAAUUUGCGAAGUGCCUCCGCCUGCGGAAGAGAAAGGAGGACCUCGACUCAGCCAAUACGAUGACCUCCCUCCCCCAGAGGGCACUGGCGGGGACGAUGUGCUAACUCCCGAAGACAAGGCUGCAAAGGCUGCGAAGAAAAAGGCUGCGAAGGCUGCAAAGAAAAAAGCUGCGAAGGACGACGCAGACAAGGACGACGCCGACAAGGACAACGACGGCAAUGACGACGCCGACAGGGACAAGACUAAGAAGAAGAAGAAGAAGAAGAUGAUGAAGCCCAAGAAUGCUGAGAAGAAGAAGGCAAGAGACGCUGAGAAGGGCGCGGACAAGGCUGCGGACAAGAACGCAGAAAAGGACGUGGACAAGGACGCGGAGCAGAUUAAGCCUAAGAAAAGGAAGGCUAAGAGGACUAAGGCGACUGAAGAUGCAGAAGAGGAGCCGGCUGUAAGCGUCGGACAGGGUGACAAAGGUGGAAGGGGCGGAGGUGGAAGGGGUGGUGGAGGUGCAUCGGGUGGCCGAGGUGGCCGAGCUACCAAAAAAGGACAGAAUUAG